UCAGUCUCAUUCUCACCGAAACAUGGAGCGGGUCGUGUGGGAAAUUUUCGUACUUUUGCUGUUCUCCCUGGCCUCAGAAUGUGGGGGAAUUUCGGAUAAGGCGGCUGAAGAACCUAGAAAAAGACAUUUGUUCGUACAAAGAAGCCAACCGCUGCCUGGCUCUUCGAAAAAGUUGUUGAAGAUUGAAUACGAAGAACCACCUCGGUUCAGUGCUGAACAAGAGGAACCUGAAUUCUUGCGACGAGUUCGUCGAUCGGUGGAUCCCGACAUGAAUCCCGAAGCUCACGUGUUUAGGUUUAAUGACAGUCAUUACCAUGCCUAUGUGCAUUGGGCUGGAGAUCACAGGGAUACCAUCGUAGUGUUAAUGCGGGAUCCUAUCCCUACAGCGCGGAGCAACAGUCAUGUGUGGAUAUCUAGGAACUAUGGUCAAAGCUUUGUGAAUCGUACUGGCUCGUUUAGGACUUCAAAUGGAUUUGCACGCAUUGACAUGUUUUAUCCUUCUCCUUUGGAUAAUACAAGAUAUCUCUUUGUUGACAGACAGCACAAGAUGAUUUACAGCACAUUAGAUGAUUGUCAGACUGUUAUAAACAGCAGUGUUGGAUUUGUUGCAGAUGAAAUCACCUUCCACUCAACCAUUAAAGAUGUUGUUGUAGCUUAUGAUGCAUCAGCCAAAAAGCUGUACUAUUCUGCUGAUUUUGGGUUCUCUUGGAACUUGAAAGAUGAGAAUGUUGUAACAUACUUUUGGGGCAUUCUUCCAUGGGACAAUCCCAACACCUUAUAUAUUGAGCGGGAAGAGUACGCAGGUGGCUAUUCCAAUGUGGUUAAAACUGACUAUUUUUCCCACUUCUCGGCACUGUUGAUAACACAUGUUGAGGACUUUGAAGUUAUUGAUAACUACAUGUUUGCCACACAAGUUAACACAUCCUCAGGGCGUCGUGUCCUUACUCUGAUGGUAUCUGUGAAUCGAAGUGAUUUCCAUCCAGCUGAAAUUCCCUCAGAUGCUCCAUCUCAGGAUUUCUAUGUUGUCGAUGCGUCUGAAAAUCAAGUUUUCCUAGCAGUCACUCACGAUCGCAGAACUACUCAUCUCUACAUUUCGGGCACUUCUGGCCGUAAGUACAGCUUGUCUUUGGAAAGGGUGCUGUAUUUCUCUCCAAACACCACCACGGCUUGGCUGAGGCACUACAUAGAUUUCUCGUUUGUUGACCUUCACAAAGUGCAAGGCUUGAGAGGGGUGUAUAUUGCAAGUCAACUCACUGUUGGUGCAGUGGGUACUCGGCGUAUCAUGACCAAGAUAACAUUUGACAAGGGUGGAAUGUGGCAGCCAGUUAGUGCUCCUAAAUAUGACAACCUUGAUAAACCUUUGAAUUGCAGUCUGCCAAAUUGUUCUUUGCACUUGUCGCAAAAGUUCGGCCAGUACUACCCCUACACCCGCUACUCUCCUAUGAAGUCAUGGACUGCAGCCCCAGGCAUCAUAAUGGCGACAGGUACUUAUGGCAAAAACUUGAGACUGAACAGUGACAUCUUCCUGUCAACAGAUGCAGGCUUGAACUGGCACAUGAUUCUGAAACGUCCCUUUUGGUGGUACAACCUUGGCGAUCAUGGUGGAAUUUUCAUCGCGGUUCAGAGAAGUAGACUGACAAACUUGAUUUAUUAUAGCUGGAAUGAGGGGGAGACCUGGUUGACUUACAGGUUCUUAAACAGUACCAGGAUGAGAGUGUAUGGUCUCCUGACAGAGCCCGGUGAACAGAGUGCUGAGUUUACACUCUACGGGUCAUAUCCUGGGUAUCACAGAUGGGUUGUUGUUCAAAUUAAUUUGAGAAAGGCACUCGGUUCUCCAUGCUUGAAAGAUAAAGACUACAAACCAUGGAUACCAUCAGACGAACGGAACGGAACAUGUUUGUUAGGAAGGAAGACUAUUUACGAGAGGCGUAUCUCUCAUGCUCACUGUUAUAACGGCUACGAUUAUGACCGUCCGAUCUCAUCUCAGAAUUGUCUAUGUGACAAAGAGGACUUCGAAUGUGAUGUGGGAUAUAUCCCUGACGCCUAUAAUCCCGAUAAGUGCGUAUUUGACAGAACCAGUGGAUUGUCUCCUACAAGUAUGCCAGCUUAUUGUCCUCCUGGAAGCACCUACCGCCGCACGAAAGGUUAUCGGAAGGUUGCUGGAGAUACCUGUUCAGGAGGAAUGGAGGAUCAUUUUUCUGCUGUCAUGGUCUCUUGCAGAAUAGGACCUCAGCCGCAGUUCUUACUUUACGCUGGACGAAGGUUCAUCCGGAGAAUCUCACUCGGCGACAAUAGAGAAACAACUAUUCCACUUGGAAGUGGGUUGCAAAAUGUCAUCGCGUUGGACUAUGAUUACGCACAGAACUGCAUCUAUUGGGCCGACAUCACCCUGGACACCAUUAAGCGUUCUUUUCUCAAUGGCUCUGGAAUAAUUGAAACACUGCAUGGUGGAAUUCAGCAGGUGGAAGGACUUGCAUUAGAUUGGCUAGCAGACAACAUCUAUUGGAUAGAUGCUGUUGGAAAGAAGCUUGAAGUUUCCAGAGCAGAUGGGCGUUUCCGUAAAGUCAUUAUCAGCAAUCUCGACCGUCCAAGGGCCAUAGUCUUGGAUCCUGUGGCUGGGUACAUGUACUGGACAGACUGGGGAACCCAUGCGAAAAUAGAAAGGUCUUAUAUGACGGGGGCGGGUCGCGCUGCAAUUGUAUCAUCUGACCUUCAGUGGCCAAACGGAAUAGCUAUUGAUUUCGUUGCGCGAAAGUUAUACUGGACUGAUGCGGGUAAGGAUAGAAUUGAGAGGAGCAACUUGGAUGGAAGUUACAGACAGGUAAUAACCAGCAGGGGACUUCCCCAUCCGUACUCGAUAUCUGUGUUCAAAGAUUCAAUCUACUGGGAUGACUGGUCAACGCAGUCGAUUAAAAAGGCGAACAAACGAGACGGUGGUGCUCGGCAGACUAUCAAGUCGGGUGUGCGUGGUCUUAUGGACGUGAAAGUUUUCCACGAAGAUGCCCAGAUAGGUAACAACUCUUGCUCUCAGCUCAAACUCUGUACUCACCUGUGCUUAGCAGUACCAAACAGCUAUGCUUGUGCAUGUCCCGAUAACAUGAGAACUGUGACAUCUGUGUCUGGAAUUGUGAUGUGUGAAUGCCAAACCGGUGAAUACAUGGACAGUAACGGAGAGUGUACCACAAGAACUGGCACUUGUGAUCCGAAUGAAUUCAAGUGUACCAACAGCAGAUGCAUCCCAUCCCACUGGAAGUGUGACCAUGACAAUGAUUGCGGGGACAAUUCUGAUGAACAAAAUUGCCCGUACGACACCUGCAGCUCGACACAGUUCACAUGUGACAAUGGCCGUUGUAUCUCGGCGUCCUGGAAGUGUGACCACGAUGAUGAUUGUCAUGAUAUGUCUGAUGAGAGAAACUGCGCGUAUCCUUCCUGUGGACCAGAUAAAUUUACAUGUGACAACAAACGCUGCAUUCCAAACCGUUGGCGUUGUGAUUUUGACGACGACUGCCGUGAUGGCUCUGAUGAACGGGGAUGUACGCCAGCACCAGUCACAACAGUAGGACCCGCAUCCUGCCAUUCAUCCCAGUUCGCUUGCAACAAUGGCCGAUGUAUUCCGAGCCGCUGGAAAUGUGAUGGCGAUCAAGACUGUGGAGACGGAUCCGACGAGCCAAGCAGCUGCAGCACACGCACAUGCUCCUCAACGCAGUUCAGUUGUACAAAUGGACAUUGCAUCCCUGGUUCAUGGAAAUGUGAUGGGGAAAAUGACUGCGGGAAUGGUUCUGAUGAACAAGGCUGUACCUAUACAACUCCUCCACCCGUUUCUACAAUACCCUGGACCCCAUCUACGAACUGCAGCAGUUGGGAAUACCAGUGCAACAAUAGACACUGUGUUUUCCAGUGGGAUGUCUGUGAUGGUGUCAAUGAUUGUGGAGAUAAUUCAGAUGAGUGGUACUGUGGUACAACUCGAACGCCUUCUGUAAAUACGACAACAUCACCACAUAGACCCUGCCAUUUCUGGGAAUUCACUUGUGAUAGUGGCCAAUGUAUUAACAAUGGAUACAAGUGCAAUGGGCGAGAUGACUGUGGGGAUAACAGUGAUGAAAGAGGAUGCUCUGCUCACGUAACAACAGUGGCGCCCUCCACUGCCCCGGCACCCUGUCCAAAUGGCUGGCUUCAUUGCGGACAAACAAAGUUUGUAAUCUGCAUUAAAACGGAGUGGUUGUGUGAUGGACAACCUAAUUGUCCACAGAGUUGGGAUGAAAGGCCAGAGAAUUGUCCAAAAACUACCAGAGUACCCAUCACGUGCUCAAGUGACCAGUAUCAAUGUACUAAUGGCGGUUGUCUUCCCCGCUCUUUUGUGUGCGAUGGAAGGGAUCAGUGUGGUGAUGGUUCAGAUGAGGCCGGCUGUGGAACUUGCUCAGGCUUUUGGUGCGACAAAACCCAGUGUUUACCUGUUUCACGGAGGUGUGAUCACAUCCCGGAUUGCCUCGAUGGUAGUGAUGAGAGGAACUGCAGUACCAAUUUGCAAGUUAAAGGCGUUCAAGUACGUACUCUCUCUGCAACAAGUGUCCAUAUAAGGUGGAGCCCAAUUUCUUACCAGCCCCCUGGAAUGACUUUUACUGGGUACAGGGUCUCUUACCGAGCUGUCAGACUACACUCUGUGCCCAUGUCAGGGAGCUGGCAGCAAGAGGAAUCCCCAAACAUCAACUAUUAUGUCAUCAGAUUUCUACAGCCGUGCUCAGAAUAUGAAUUCAAGGUUCAGCUCCUUGUGAGCGGAGCUCAACCAGGGCCAUACUCUUCGACCGUGAAAACGACAACUAAAUCUAUUAGAACCAGUAAACCACAGCAUGUGCGACUUUUGUUGGCACCUGACGAUUCGUUGCAAGUUUCUUGGGAUCCUCCAACCACUUACUGUCACCUUAUUACGAACUAUGAGGUUGCAUACAAAAUGACCAGUGAAGCUGAUUUCCAUACCAAAGAAACUGGCAAUGUCUAUUCGCUUUCCCUUAAUCUUACACAGGGAGUUCAUUAUAGCAUUAAGGUGAAAGCUUUCACCGGAGACAAGGGUGGUGAUGGUGAUGGUGAAUAUUCCAAGGUGCAACCUGUGUAUAUUCCAACUGUAGUUCAAAAACCGACAGCACCAGUAAAGAAACCGCAUUACACAUUUCUGAAUGACACUGCAGUGACACUCGUCUGGGGAAAUCCUACACAUCCUGUGCUGGGUUAUAAAGUGUAUGAGUUGACCACCGAUGGCUCGAUUCUCCUCGUUACGACGAGUCAACAUAAUUACACUGUUUAUUCACUGCUCUCGCAUAGCACAUAUUCAUUUGUAAUAACACCAUACAAUAAAGCUGGUGAAGGUCCUCCUGCGACUAUAGAAGUAACGACUAAUGGAGGGAACCCUCCAAGAGAUGUAAAGGCGACUCCGAACAACGACACAAGCAUUAUUCUGUCUUGGAAUGCACCACUGGGACACAGUCAGGGUGUGAGAUACUACAUUUUCUACGGACGGGUGACCACUGGAGUCAGUUCACGGCCUGUGGGCUCCACAAUGACUCAGAGAUAUGUAGUGAACAACUUGCAGCAGGAAAUUGUCUACGUGUUUGAGGUGUCAGUGGGCUUGUUUGGAAAGCACAGUGAAGCAGCAAACUCUCGAACGAAAACUAACGCUGUCCAUAGUCUUCAAGCUCGCCUUGUCAACUCCAGUAGUGUGGUUCUUACUUGGGAGGUACCAGUGAAUGCGAGUGUUAGUAAAAUUACUGGAUACCAAGUGACGAGGACGUACAGGGAGGAGUCCGGUACUAACACUGCUACUCGAUCCACCAACCAAACUACUUAUGAGUUCAAAUACCUCCCUUUUGAUACCAUCGUCACUUUUGAAGUGAAAGUCAAAUACGGCAACCGACUUGGCAUGGGUUUAAGCACCACCAAAAAAACUAACCCAUUCACGGCAUCUGUUAGGCCAUUGAGGAUACGAGUCGUAAACGACGUUGUUGAACUGUUCUGGUCUGCACCAAGAACGAUCAGUAAUAGUGCUCUAAAGCACUAUCAGGCGAAUUGGACAUGCCCCUCGUGUGUUACGAAGCAUGGUACAAAAACGGUUGCUACAACUUCGUGCGUGUUUAAACAGUUGGAGCACUCCCGAAAAUACACAUUCUCUGUAAAAGCAGUGACUAAAUUUGGCGUUGGGGAAGCCUCGAUUGUUACGGCCACAAUAACCCGAAACUUUGGUGCCGUUGGCAGGUUGAGACAGUUUGUGUCGGGAAACAAUUUAACACUUGAUUGGGAUGUGCCAUCUGACGUGGAAAAGAAAGAUGUUCAGGUCUAUGAAAUCAGCUGGUGUGAAAUCGGAGACUACUCAUAUUGCUGGCAUACCAACUCAACUAAUUCCACGGGUAAUGCAACUCAGUUCAUGACACAGGUGCUCGCUGGCUACACGUACACUUUUUAUGUUCAAGCUUACACAGCCUAUGGAAAAGGGAGAGCGUCCAGCAUUCAAGUCAUAGUGCCACCUCUUAGUCUGGUGGUGUGGAAUGGUCGCGGAACGCGGACGGGCGGCAAUCACGGAUUAGAAGUAUAUCUGACCUGGAGGCAGCCAUGGUCGGUUAGGCCUGGAGACAAAAUACAAUAUGAAGUGGAGUGGCGCUGCUCAUCAGGAUCAGGAAGGGGUUUCUGUUAUUGGUUCUACGCUUGGAACAGCAUCGUUGUGAAUACAACCUCCGCAAAGCUGAAUAUGACAUCCUUUGGAGUAACUUACAUGUUCAAAAUCACACCGACCAUCCCUUCACGAGGGAAAGGAAAGCCCUAUUCCUUAGCUGUCACUAUGCCUGAUUUUACUGCAUCCAUUGGAAAUUUUACUUGUUGGGCUGAAAGCGCGUCAAAUGGUACUCGUCUUGAGUGUCACUGGUCCCGUCCCACGGGCUUCGAUCCAUCUCGAUUCUAUCUCUACGACUUCAAAUACAGGUGUGACGAUUGUCUUUAUGGACAUAUCGUAUACAAAUCCAUCAGAUCUAUAAAUCAAACCUCGGUCAGCAUAUAUGUGGAUAAAGGUCAACAAUACACACUUUGGAACAGAGCUCUUGCAUCAUAUGGAUAUGGAACUCAAGCUCAGACAACGGUUCUUAUUGGGUCCAAUUUACGACCUGUGAGAAGUUUGAAAGCUGUAAUUGAUCCAAAAAAGAAGACCCUUGUGCAUCUGUCAUGGAACGCCCCAAUCAACACGUUGGUUAAGUUUUACAUCUUAAUUAUUGAUUGUCCAGACUGCGUUUCAUUUACAACAAUCAGAACACGGUUGAAAGAUACCAAAUACACCCAAACCCUCCAGUGUGGAAACAAGUACAGGUUUACUGUUAGAGCACAAACCACGGCCAAUGUGCUGACCCAAGAGAGCAACCAUACGCUAGAAAUCGCACCACCUGUUGGAAAAGUAGAGAACUUUUCAGUCACGUCUAGUGAUACUCACAGGGAUAAUAGUACUCACAGGGAUGAUAUGGUGGCGGCGAAAUGUUCCGUGAUGAAGUGGGCCCCCCCUAAGGAAAACGAUUCUUCUAGUGCACAGUGGACGGGUUAUCAAAUUGCGGUGCGGACCACAGAUGCGUUAAAGAAUUUCGUAGAGGUCACCAAGAUGUCAAAAGAAACUCAGAAUUAUUCUGUGUGUGAUCGUGAGGAUAAUGAAUUGAAAGCUGGAAAGGAGUAUAUUUUCGAAAUCCGUGUCAUCGUGCCCUGUGGCUUUGGUGCAACAGCCAUGUUGCGUGCUCGUCUUGGCAAAGGUGAAGGUUAUAUUCCAGCUACCGCCUCCCCUCCAUCCGCUGGAAAACAAACGGGGGGGGAGAAGAAAGGUAUGAGUCCCGUGAUAUGGGCGGUACCUGUAGCUGUGGUUGGACUGAUCCUCGUCUUGGUCAUGACCUACUUCGUUCGUAAGUCGCGUCGACUGGAGCGCUCAAUGUUCGCUCUUAUGACAAGGAGGACCAUUGAUGACGAGGGUGGAGUCACAUUUCAUUCAGACGAAGACGUACCCUUUAUCCAGGGAUUCUCCGACGACGAACCAUUAGUGACAGCCUAGACCGCCGGUUAGCUGAUCUGGAUUGUUCCCAUUUGUGCAUAGUUUUAUAGAGACCUUAAAUUCGUUGUUCCCACUCCGUAGCUCGAACUUCGUUCUCGGCAACAGCUACAUUGGUAAUGUUUUCAUUUUUUAGCCCAGGAAGAGUUUGUCUAAGAGGCGAAGAGAAAAUCGCACUUGCGCAAUACUCCACGUGUGAUCAGUUGUUCGCCAGUGUAAUGUUGGACAUGAUUGGGUUGUUUUUUCAUAACUAGGGUAUCAUCAGUGAAAUGCAACCCGAAAAUGCCUUGCACUAUAACAAUUCAAAACGUAGUCGAGUGGGAACAUUAAGACAGAAACCUUCGUUAGAUGUACGUGGUAGUGUUGUAAUCUAUUUUGAAACUAUCGUAUUUAGACGUAAAACGGCGCUGCAGCAUACGUAAUCUCAUCUCCACCCACGAGUGGAUGUUCAACCCUUUCACUCCCAAGAUCUCAUUAGUAAUUCUCCUUACUGUCUGCCAUACAGUUCUUGUGAUGUUAGUUUCGAGAAUUUGGUAUUUGAUCAACUACUAAUCCUUAAUUGAUGUUUUUCUUUAUUCUCAUUACUUGUCUUCUUGAUAUCGUAUUGAUCUUGUAUGGAGAAGUUCUUUCUUGGUCACGCAUGGGAGUUAAAGGGCUAAGGAACCGGUCAUUCUUUAUCCCCUGGGGGUGGGGGUUUUAUCUGGUCCCCCUCUUAGGCUAUUAAGUAUUUUAAAGAUCCCCCUUCACUGGCAGUCAAUUUUUGUUGUCCCCCUUUGAAAUCUGUUAGCGACGACUGACGCCCCUCUGUCCCCCCCCCCCCCCAAAAAAAAAAACCCAUGUGAUCAGCUCAACCCCCUCAGGCGAUAAAAUGCUCCCUAAACAUUUUUCAAGGAAUUUCAUCGUCGUAACCUAGAGUUUAAAAAACUUGGGGAUGCCGAUUUUCGCGUGCGCCCUAGCGAUAGGGAAGUUUUUAACGACAAGUGAGGCGUAUUUCGGGCGUUGGGUUGCAUUCCAUCUACUGGCAAUUCAAGGAUUGCACUUAAUUCGAAGUGUAGUUUGAAUUAUGAUUCGUUCCAUGACAAAGGAGAAAAAACGCUGCCUUAUUUUUAUCUAAGACUGCCAUAAUAAAGUAAACCAAGCGACUAAGAUAAAGAAAGAAAACGUGGGUAGAUAACAUUUUUCGCGUUACCCUGUAGAUAAAAGCCAAUGCACAAAAAUGGGACUCAUAGUUUUGAAGAUACCAGAAGAAUAGUUUCCCCGAAGUGUUUUCAAAAAGCGCUAUCGUUAGUUUCAGUCACCGGGUGAUACGAUAUCACUUGUUUUUGUUUGUUUGUUAUUUUUUUUCUUUGACACGCAGUUAUAAUCAGGACGUAUCAAUAAGAGUGAACACUGCUUCUGUGUAGUUUAAUGUAAGUCAGCCGGAAUAUACAGGCUUGGUAGAAAUAGUGAUUAAGUCUCCUCCAAGAGGAAAGAAACUAAAUUUUGGGAUUUUCAGUUGUUACCUGUUGUUAAAAAUGUAAAGAAGAGUAGUUCAAUUUAAGGAAAGUACCACUGCAACUUGAGGAAAAGCUGAGAAUGCAACUCAGAUUGUUGUGGUUUUUAGCAGUUUACAAAGAGAUUGUAAAAAACCGGGAAAAAGGUAACACGUCAGUCUUUCUUCAGUUGUUACAUUGUAAUUUUUCCAGUGUCAACUAUUUACACACCCUAUGUUAAAGCUACUUUUCUAGUUUUGUUUUUAAGACCGUUACUUAUUUGUUUGCAGUUUUUCAGAAGUGUUAUAAAGACGUAAACGUUUAGAUUUUGUUAUUAAAAAGAGCAUUUUACCAAA